CAUUGCAGCAAGGAACGGUAUAUAAACAACAUGGAAAUCUUCACUCAUCAGUCAAUUUCUGGCCUGCUUGUGUCAACUCUAAUUUACCUAAUACAAAUUUAACAGGCAUUUCCCGUCACCACCGCCAUGAAGGUUCUGCUCAUCGUAGCAUUACUAUGUGUUGCCCACUCUAAGGCGGCAGCAGUUCCUGUGGGGAGUGAGGCUGUGGCAGCAGACGCUCCGAAAGGUGUCCCAGAAGAGGCUGUAAAGUUUGAGGUUCAAGCUCUAGAGGGGAACCUGAAUGACUCAGAAGCAGAGAUCGAGGAUGCAGGACCUCAAGUUGUCUUCACAACAGUACGCAUGUUCUGCCCGGACGGAUGGUUCAACUAUGAGUCCAAGUGUUAUAUAUUUGUGAACACUCCUCUCAGCUGGUUCGAAGCUGAGAAACACUGUAAUGAAUUUGGGGCCAGUCUGGCCUCCACUGGCUCCUCCUCUGAGUACCGUUACCUGCAACAGAUAACAAGAACAGCCAACAGAGCAUCUGCCUGGAUCGGUGGAUUCUACCUGCAGGGAUCUUGGCUGUGGAUCGACCGUUCAGGAAUGUACUAUACCAACUGGCACACCCAGAGCUCUCCAGCCAGCUGCUCCUGCAUGUACUUGCAGUCCACGGUGGGCCAAGGCUGGCGAAACGCUGCAUGUGGGGCAGGCUACCCAUUCAUCUGUGUGAAAAAUUAUCGCUGUUAGUCAAGAUUAUGUAUUGUCUGUCACACACAUCAGCCACACAUAAUUCAGUUAAUUAAGAUAUUUUUCUAAUAAAUGCACAACGUUUUUCGAUAUUUAUUAAAUAUAUACCAUAUAUUGACUUAGAUUAUGAUCUAAAUAAGUAGUACUACAAAUAUCAGAGGGAAAGUUGGUAUGAGUAAAAUAAUUUUAAACUUUUAAAAGAAUUGAAAGCAGUUGGCUCGACACUUCUCACUGUUUUAAAUGUUUUUAGUCAUUUUAAAUAAUUACUUGCUUAAGAGCCAAAUGUUAUUCAGUUUCAAAUGUAAUUUCCUCUUUGUACUGUAAGUACUAUAUUAGUUUCUUUGAGAUUUUUUUUUUUUUCUUCAUUUAUUUAUUUUUACAAAAAGAAAAAACCAGACAGACCAGGGGGAUAAAUAUUUUUAUGAGGUACUUUUAUAUCUUAUUUAUCUUUCUGGGCAGUGUCAAUGUUGUGCAAGUGUCUGGCCUCACUGGUCAAAUGAUUACCCCAUUGAAAUUGCCAAGCUCCUUCAGAAAUGUUGCUUUUAAAAAGUAACCACACCCUCAUGUUGUUCAAGACCUGUCAAGUUUACCUCAGCAAUUACUAGUAGCUAUAGUACUUUUGAUAACUAUAAAAAAAAAAAUUCUCCAGUUAAAGAUAAUUCAGAUUUAUGUUCUGAUUAAGUAAUGUCUGUGAGUUUUCACCAGUACUGUACUUCACUCUUCUGCAACUGUGGUUAGCCUACUGUACUGUAGUACUGUAGCUAUUAUUAUUGGCAGUAACCUUGAGUGCUUUCAGUCUUAUAAUCUUUUUUCAAAAUUAGCAAUUUUUCUAUUUAGAAAUGUUGCAAUCAUUGAUGUUAACUUUUCAAACUACAGCAAUGUACUUUUGGUUUUUCUAAUCUAGCAAUUUUCCAAUUUAGUAACAUAGGUUUGGCUGAAGCUUAAUUUAAGGGGUAAUCCAGCCCAAUCCACCAACAUUACAAAUAAAUGUUUUAUUAUUAUAUACAACCAAAGAUAUAUGCUUUGUCAACAUUUCUUAGUUAAAAGGAGAUCAAGUACAACUCUGUUUCCAGAAAAAUUUGGAAUGCUGCAUAAAAUGCAAAUAAAAACAGAAUGCAAUGAUGUGCAAA